AUGUCCGUGGCCUGCGCAGUACGUCUCCGACCUGCCGAGGAGGGCCCGAAUGACUGGGUCGUCACGAGCUCUUCCACAAUUGCGUCUGAUGGAAGGGAACACAGAUUCGGUUUGUUUACAGUUCGAAAAGUCAAGUAAAAAAAUAAUAAAUUACAGAUUUUGCAUUCUCCCGUGAAACCAAUGGCCAAGUCUUCAAUAUCUCGUGUCGAGAAAUAGUUGAACGAGUUAUCGAAGGAUUCAACGGGACGAUAGCUGCGUAUGGACAGUCUGGAUCCGGAAAAACGCACUCGCUCCUCGGAAGCAACGGCGAACAAGGGAUUCUCCAGCUGGCCGUGAAACACCUCCUCAACCUGAUCACUGAGGUCUCUUUGGUGUCCUAAAACGAAAAUCUAUUUUGCUGUUCAGAGAACGGCUGUCCAAUACAUGGUGAAGCUGUGCGCGUACGAAGUGUACAAUGAGGUUCUCAACGAUCUUCUGGACGACUCAGGAAACGGAAAGUGCAGAUUGCUCAACGGAAAAGUAGUGGGCGGAACAGAAGAAAUCGUCGAAUCGUUCGAACAUUUCAGAAAGAUUUGUCAGCGAGCACAGGGUGAGAGAAAAUGAUUGUGAUCUCGUUUCUAUCAAUUCUGCAGAUCGUCGCAAAGUGGGCGAAACAGCAUUGAAUCAGAAGUCAUCGCGGUCACAUGCCAUAUUCCAAUUGGUCGUCGAAUCGUGCGAACUGAACACAGUCACCGGGAAGCAAGUCACGAUCGUUUCUAAGCUGGUCGUGCUGGAUCUGGCCGGAAGUGAGAAUGCGCAGACGAUGACCAAUAUGGUGCAGACGGCCGAAUCCAAGAACAUCAAUCUCUCGCUGCUCGCGCUGAGCCGAGUCAUUUCCGAGCUAUCGGAGGAUGCGAAGAACAAGUUCAUCCCGUACAGAGACUCGAUGCUCACACGCAUUCUCAAGCCGGUGCUCGGCGGAAACUCGCAAUUCCUCCUCAUCUGUUGCAUUCGGAAAGCGGCAAGCUCGGAAACGUCUAGCACAAUCUCUGCGAGUUUCUGAGGGUCUCGAAAGUCUAUUCACGUCUAUUUCAGUUCGGACAAAAAGCCAAGAAGAUGCCAAACCACGUGGCGAAGAACGUGGAGACUGGAGAUGCGGCACUUCCGGCACUUCUGGCCCAGAUGAACGAGCUCAGGAGACAGCUGGAGGAACAGAAGAAGGAGACGCAGGAGCAGGACAAAAAGCGUCUGGAGGAUCUUCUCAAAAAAGUUCUCAACUCGAAGCCUGAGUUCGAUCCUCCGAAAAUGGAAAAGAAGAGACGCCACUCGUUUGCGUUCGGAGCGAACAGCUUCUCGUCGGAAACGAACCGACGUGGUCGUCAGUCGGCGGAGCCGGACUGGAAUCAGUUGAUGCGUGUCGAAGAAGAAGAGCUGCUCCUCGACAGUGGAAGGUCCAGCAGAAUGAGUGUGGACGAACGGUAAACAGGUUUUGCAGAUAUACAGAGUACAAACUCUUUUCUACAGGCAGCCGACCCCAGAAAUGGACAUUCUGGAAGAGAAUCGCGACAAUGAAAUCAUCCACAUUCCGAAGUGCACUUACGACUGGCUGAUGGCCGAGUGGGAGGGCGCGAAGACGCUUAUUGUGAGAUUGACUGCCGAUUUGGAAGAGCGAGAAAGCGAAGACGCCAUGUGGCAAGAGAAAUUCGUGACGCUCCAACAAAAGUGCGAGGAUCUUGAGAAGCAGUUGAUCAGUCAGCAGACAAUGGGAGAGGCGGCUAUUUUGCAGAGAAAAGAGGAGAGCGACAAAAUGAUGGCGGAGCUGAAAACUGAAGCUGACAAAUAUGUAUGGAAGUACGAAGACUUGAAGAAGCGAGGACUCGAGAUUCUCCAGGAGAAGAGUGCGGCAAUGGAGAAGUUGCAGACAGAGCUGAAGGCGAAAGAAGAGGAAAUCAAUGCCCUGAAGGAGGAGUUAAGUCAAAAAGUCGCGACUCUGAACCAAAAUGUUGAAGAAGAGAGAAAGAAACGGAAGAAGAUCGGGGACGAAAUGGAACGAGCACGUCGACUGGUGGAAAAGUGUUUGGAAGAGGAAAGACAGUUGAGAAUGAAGGCGACGAGCGAGCAGCUGAUGGAGCAAACUGAGAAGAAGGCACUUCAGGAGAAGCUGGACGAACUGGUGAGUGGGAGUCAUCGUCAUGGUGUUCGACUGUUUCCGCUUUCAGAAGUAGAAGACUUGGGAGGACGGGAAUUAGAAUCGAACUAGUUGUCUUACCAUAAUAAAUGACUUCAAUUCUCUCACCUCUUCAGUUGUUACAGACAUCUGCUGCCAGAGGAGUAUCGAGUACGAUGCCCCAGCACUGCGCGAACCCGAUCCACACCGAACUGCUGCACAAAGUUGACGUUCUGGUUCGUCAGCGGCAGCUUCUCGUUGACAGAGUAUGCAUUUCUAUUACUCGUUCCUCAUCCCAUUUAUUCUUUUUCAGCUUAACGAAAGGGACACAGAUGUGGCCGGUAAAUGCUAG